CUCGCAGCGGAGCAGCCUGCGCUGCCGCCUCCGCAGAGGCUGUCUCCAGCCGAACUAGAGAAAAAGCGGUUCCAGUUCAACCCGUUGCUGCACCGCCUGCGGCGACCGCUGCAAGCGCUCGGUCGUCAGCUGCUGCUGCUGGAGCGGGUCACCGCCUUGGACACGAAUGCGAUCCUGAAGCAGGAAACGGCGCAACUGUUGGACGUUUUGGUGGUGCAGUUGAUCCACCUCUCUAAAAAACACGCGGCCAAAGGUUUCGAGCCUCUGUUGGAGAUCGCCUUUCGAUUGCUGCACAAGCUGGUAGCUGCGAGCUCCCAGUCUAGUACUUUCUUCCCUGGAAUAAAGAAUGAAAGAGGUUUGGCUUUUUCCACCACGUUGAAUAAGUAUGCCUUGCCCACAAUCGCGAUCCGCGGGUUGAGCAAGAGCAUCUGUAGCCAGAUCCUGGAGAGCAAAACUACAAGUUCUCGCUUGGUCGAACGAGGCCUGUCCCUGCUUUCGCGCUUGUACGAGAGCGAAACCUAUCUUCUACACCUCCUAUACCAGAAAGACGAGACCACGACCACCGCCACCACAGCGUCGCCUGCGGGUCACACCACUGGUGGUGGUGGCAGUGGAGUGGCUACAACUGCUAGCACCUCUAGUUUUACUUUCUUUCCCGCAAGCGUAGAAAACGCUACAGCGUGGCCUUCUGCAGUUCCACAAGUUUUUCGGUUCAAUCCUGCGGUAAAGCUUGAUACGCUGUUGAUAAAGCUGAGUGAAGAGCUAAGUGAACUCGCAAAGUCGGUCCAGUCCAGGUCCACUUCCGCGGAGAGAAAGGGGGAGCAGGCGGGACAACAUGAUGAUGCAGAAAAUGACGAGGCAGAAAAUGACAAGAAGGCGGAGUACCGGCAGGCAGCGGAAACCUGCUGCCUCGUGGGAACGUUGAGCAUUAGAAUCCUUCGGGACGCGCGUGCUUGCUCCUUUGACCUGUUUCGGGUUCUCGGCAAGCAGGGACGCGAAAAACUCGACAAAGUUUUGACACUUGGUGGCGAGAUUCUUGCGGCGCCAAAGGUGAUCGAGGCUCUCGGCAAAGGAGGUUCUGUUGAGUAUCCAACUUCAAUUUCUUUACUGCUUCAAGCACGUCUUGCAUCUGUGACGGAGCAGUGGCGUUCAGAGUGCGAGCGAGGUCCGAUACCUACUGCAGACGCCCACCAGCCUGCGAUCCAGGUCGAGAAGUCUGCGCCAGUUCCAUCUUUCGUGAUAGAAAAUAAAAGCCGAGGUGGUUCGCUGUUGCCAGUGGCGCAGGAUUACAGCGCCGCUUCUUCUUCUUCGUCGUCCUCGCAAUUAUCGCGAGAGAACAACGCUAAUAAAAUGUUUUCAACAGCACCGCGGGUAUCACUCGAGCAAAUACUAAGGGGAGUCUCGGAGUUGGAGCUGUCUCCAGAGUGGCAGCGGUUCGCAAUUCUCGAAAAAUCACUGCCGGGUGAAGCUGACUGGUAAUACUAUAUUUUCACUUGACUUACAGGUACUAUCCUCUCUCUCUCUCUUUCUCUCUCUCUCUCCAAGCCAUAGAGUUUGUCGUGCUUCUAUUUCUGGACCUGAGUUCUUGUAAGACCUUAAGCAAAUCUUUUCACUGCAAACUCAAACAGGGUGUUUGACACUUCGGUUGAUCGGCAUAAGCAGGCAGUGCUACAGGAGCGCAAUAGUGUACGCAAAAAGCAGCGGUUGAAUGAGGCGUUAGAAUCUGGAGAAGCGGAAGAUUAUUGGACAAGUGAUGCGAAUUACGGGCAAUAUUAUCGCCGAGACAAAACCGCGAAGGCGAAACAGCUCGCUUUAG